AAAUUUAGAUUGACGUCUCCAUCCUCAGCCCUUGAGCAGGUCAAGAUUAGACUCUAUCAUUACCUAGAACUCGUUGUAGCUGAUCCUAUACAAUACUGCCAAGAGCAAAGGAUGUUUGCGGCCUCAAAUGCUUUUAUUUUUAGAAGCUCUCCGAGCCGCAGGAAUUGUUACUGUAAUGUUUGAGCCAACACCUAUUCAGAGUGCUAUUCUUGGUGAACAAAGGUUCGACAGUUACUCCAUGACCCUGUUACACUCUCUUUAUCUUCAGUUAUCGAAGGUUUUUAAUGAUGCCCGUCAAACGAGCCUACCAAAUAUGUCUGAUACGACGAAUGAUCAAAUACAUAACCUGGCAGUAAUUGUCACAUUAAAGCAACUCGAACCAACAUCCAGCAUCAAAUUGGGUCUAUCCAAAUCUUCUAGUAUUGUCAGUAGGGCGAUAGAACAUACAGAGAAGCAUGUUCUUUCGGACAACAUUUCCCAACUUCUUAAUUUUGUCAAACGACUGUUGCAGGUCAGUAGCGUCGCUCCAAUCCAAUUUAUGUCUAGGAUACUUUGGAUGACAGCAGUCAGCAUGGGAGCACUUAGUCUUCUUCGUGAGCACUGUCAGUCAAUUGGCCCCAAGUCACAAGUUUAUGAGGCAACGGCACUCUGUCUGGACAUUUUCCUAUGCACUCUCCUGCACAGGGAUGGACCACGGUGCUCUUCAAUUCUGCCACCCGAUAUAGAGGAUUCAAAUUUCGAGAAUUUCAAGCAAGAUGUCAACCUUGCUUUAUUCUUAUUUGCAACGCUUUUGCCAGCGGACGACCCAUCAACAUGGCGUUGCUGUCUGGUUUUCAAUGAUGAUGGCUCUGCGGAGUUCGGUUCGAAAAAUGGUCAUCCCGAGCCCAAUCUUCUGGCGGACUUUUUACUUCAACUGUUUGAGUAUUUGAUCUCAAUUCUGGAAAAAUUAGUCCAUCAACAGCAUCAACAUCAGCAACAGUCAGAAUUUUCAUUUACAGCAAUAUUGGCCGGGGUAUUAUUUGAGAUCUUAUCACUUCAAAUACCUACAACUAUCUUGAUGCAAGAACCAAUUCGAAUUAUCAAAGUGCUUGAUGAUAUUUUAGACUUGCAGAAUAACUCUACUUUGGUCACAUUACCAGCCUGGCACAAACUAUUUAGUUCGAACGAUUGCCCACACUUUUUAUCAACAUUGCUUGCUAGGAUCAAUACACUACAACGCUUUUUUUAGAACUGUACAAUGUGUGUUGUUGUUUUUGUUCUUUUUGUUUUUGUUUAUGAUGAAAAU